AUGAAAAAAAACGAAUUAGGAAGGGAGUGCAGGUCUAUCUUUAUAAAUCUGAUAAAGACUACAAUUGGAUCUGGGAUCCUCAGAUACCCAUUUCUUUUCAAGAUGUAUGGGGUUUGGUACACAACGGCCCUGACACUUAUCUCUGCAUUGGCAUCACUCUUAGGACUGUGGCUGUACAUAGACUUGAAUGAUUUCUAUGGGUUGGACAACUCGAUGUCAACUAUAGCUAGAUACAUUUAUCCUUCUUUACAGCCUGUUGUGAAUGUAACUGUGUCCGUUAAAUGCUUCUUAGUAUGCACGGCAUAUCUUGUUCUGCUCAAGAACAAUCUUCCUGGAACGAUCAAAAGCAUUUUUGGGUUGGAGGACACCCACCAGGCCUUGUGCAUGGCUGGUGUAGUCUUGUGUGUAUUUCCAUUUGUGUCUAUGCACAAGAUCGACAAGUUAAGGUACACAUCAUCGUUUGGAUUUGGGGCAGCGAUAGCCCUUGUGUUACUAUCUAUAUACAGAUAUGUAGUUUGCAAGGAAGUGCCCACCUAUGGCGAGGGAAGGGUUGGGAACUACUUAGGAGAAUUGGGAAGCUUUGUAUUUGGAUUUACUUGCCAUCAGAAUAUAUUCUCUGUCCAGAACGAGAUGAAGGUGAGUGAUAAGGCAGCACUGAAAAUAACUGUACUUCUUGUGCUGCUGAUGGCAUCCCUUAUAUACAUAACUUUUGGACUCACCAAUUACCUUGUACUAGGAGAUGGGAUGAGCGAGAACUUCUUUGAAAACAUACCUGAAGGAAUGAAGAACAUAAUCGCCAUGUUUUAUUUCCUUGUUGUGAUGAUGUCUAUUCCGUUACAAACACAUCCAUGCAGAACGUACUUUCUUGAUCUGUUUGACACAAGGUAUUCUGCAGACGGGAAAUACUGGCACCUCAGAUUUGUGACAAGCUUAUUUAUAAUUCUGUUAUCGUUUAUGAUUGCCAUGAAUGUAUCGAAAAUGGAGAGACUUUGUGAAAUCAUAGGAGGGUCCUUCUCUACACUCAUGUGCUUUGUGUUUGCAUCCCUGUACUACUUCAUUGCAUUUUGGAACAGAGGAUUCGAAAUGAAAAAGAUCACUGCACUCUUUGUGCUACUAUAUGGGGUUGCCGCGUUUGUAUCUCUGUUUCUUGCAUCGUGA